CCACAUCUUCACCCUUCCAUCACUCACAAACAACACGGACAGCACUGAUACGCUGGUUUGUCCUGUUACUGCACCUUCUUUCCUCUCCAUCUGUCCGGUCUCGUUGACUCCGAAAGACAUUUUUAUUGAGCAGAAAAUGAACUUACAGACAAACUAACCAGACUUCGGAGGAAAAAUCGACAACAAUUUCAUAUUUAUUUCAUAUCCCUGAUCACAAUCUCAGCCUCGUAGCUCGUUCUUGUUCAUCGCACCAUGACUACGACAGGUCUCCAGGUCCUUGGUCUCGUGGUUUCGAUCGCAGGAUGGGUGGGCGGGGCUUUGGUUUGCGCUGCCCCGUUUUGGCGCGUAUCAGCUUUCGUUGGUGAUGAGCUCGUGGUAUCGGAGGUGCUGUGGGAGGGGCUGUGGAUGACCUGCCUAUCACAGUUGGGGAGGAUUCAGUGUAAAGUGUAUGACUCCUCCCUUGCUCUGGCAGGCUCCACCCAGUUUUGCCGUGUGAUGGUUAUUUUGUCUCUCCUGCUUGGGUUGCUGGCCCUACCGCUGGGUGUGAUUGGGAUGAAGUGCACGCACUGCCUCGAUGGUGCACAUGAUGUGAAAGCUCGCCUGGUGCGUACGGCCGGUGCCGUCUUCAUGGCAGCUGGCGUGGCUUUCUUUCUGCCAGUUUUCUGGACCACCUUCGCUGUGAUUCGGGACUUUUACGACCCGAACGUGGCACCACCACUCAAGCGUGAGCUAGGCCCUGCACUGUAUCUCGGAGGAGGCGUGGCCUUUAUGAUGCUGGUUGGAGGGGUCAUGUUGUACAAAGGAGGCUCCGCCCCUAGUUCUGUUUCAUCCAAGCCUACUUUUGGCAAAGGGGCGGGGCCAACCAAGGACAAUCCUCAUCCUGCAGCUACGACAGAAGGGAAACAGGACAAGGCUUAUGUCUGAGGAUCGUCAAGUCACGAAAACACUGAAUGACACUGAAUGACAAGUUAAACAAACUUCAGAGAUGAAAAGUAAAAAAGGUUAAACAUGACCAAAAAAUAAUAACAAUCUGAUUUCCUGUAGCACUGAAAGACAGUGAUCUGGUUUUGUGUUGAUUGUAAUGUAAUUAUAUUAAACUAAUUUGUUUUAAUAACUUAUC